AUGGCUGACACGCCUGCAUUGCACCGACCAAAGCGAUGCUAUAUGAGCCCAGAUGAUAAUUCUACUAGCUCACCGAACAAGUUGGUUAGGCUUCCUCCACGCUCCAGGUCUUUGAAAUUUGACACUCCUGUGAAGAAUAAAAAUGUUGAGGAUGAAGUUCCUGAUAUGGGUUGUACAUCAAUCGAUAAUGACAGAUGGUGUACAAGUUGGUUAGGCUUCCUCCACGCUCCAUGCUAG